GUGACUGCUGCUGCCUCCCAGACCAAGAUAACCUGCUCAGUCAGCUGGAGCCCCCUGUGGACAGCUGUCUCUCUCAGCUGAUGGAAGCUGCUACUAACCACUGAAUGGGGGAGAGUGGAGUAACAACCACAGCACCAGCAGCCGCAGCAGCUGAAACAGCGGCGGCGGCAGCAGUAACAGCAGCAAGCAAGAGCUCUAUUGUUCCCUGAUGUUAAACAGUUUUUCCUUUUCAACUGGCAUGCACAAUAGCUGGAAAGCGAUUUCCAUUCUGCCCUCCCUAUGAAGAAAUUCUGAAGGGGGGAGGGCUUGCUCACACCACCAGGGCUAGCCAUUGUACUGCAGAUUCUGACACUGGAGCAGGCUUCUGGAAGGCAUGGGGCUGAAAGAGAAGAGCACAGCUUUAUCCGGUGGUCCAGGGGCAUCUGCUCUUCUAAGCAAGUAUAUUGGAGUUCUUGUGGUUCUUCUGUUUGGAAUCCAAGGAGCUAAGGCGCAAAGUGAAUUUGAAACUUCAUCCGUGUAUUUGUGGAAGACGGGUCCAUGGGGUAGGUGUAUGGGAGAUGAAUGUGGCCCAGGAGGCAUCCAGACGCGUGCAGUCUGGUGUGCCCAUGUGGAAGGAUGGACCACGCUUCUUACAAACUGCAAGCAGGCAGAGAGGCCUGACAACCAGCAGAACUGCUUCAGAGUUUGUGACUGGCACAAGGAAUUGUAUGACUGGCAGCUGGGCAGCUGGAAUCAGUGCCAACCUGUUAUCUCAAGGAGUGUGGAAAAACCAGCAGAGUGCGUCAGAGGGGAAGAAGGAAUUCAGACGAGAGACGUAAUGUGUGUCCAAAAAGCAAAUGGGGUUGUAGUGGAGGACACAAUAUGUGAAUAUUUUGAGCCUAAGCCACAGCUGGAGCAGGGAUGCCUCAUUCCUUGCCAGAAGGACUGCAUUGUGGCCGAGUUCUCGCCUUGGUCAGAGUGCUCCAAGACCUGCGGCAAAGGGCUGAAGCACCGCUCUCGCCAUGUUAUUGCCCCGCCUCAGUUUGGGGGCUCUGUCUGUCCUAACCUGACUGAGUUUCAGGUUUGCAGUUCUUCACCGUGCGCUACUGAAGAAAGCAUGUAUAGUCUGAAUGUGGGUCCAUGGAGUACAUGUUCAGUGCCCCACUCACGGCACAUACGGCAAGCAAGGAAACGUGGAAAGAACAAAGAAAAAGAAAAGGACAAGGAGAAAGCAAUAAGGGACCCAGAAGCCCGCGAGCUUAUUAAGAAAAAGAGAAAUCGCAACAGACAGAACAGACAGGAGAACAAAUAUUGGGACAUACAAAUUGGAUACCAGACGAGGCAGGUGAUGUGCACGCACAGGAAUGGAAAAACCGUUGCCUUGAGCUUUUGCCAACAAGAGAAAUUGCCAAUUACUUUCCAGUCGUGUGUGAUCACAAAGGAAUGCCAGGUGACAGAAUGGUCUGAAUGGAGCCCGUGUUCCAAAACAUGCUUUGAUAUGGCGUCCCCUAAAGGCAAUCGCACGAGAACAAGGACCAUUAAACAGUUUCCUGUCGGUAAUGAAAAUGAGUGCCCAGAACUAGAAGAAACAGAGCAAUGUGUGUCUCAAGGAGAUGGAGUGCCUCCAUGUAUCACGUAUGGUUGGAGAACUACAGAGUGGACUGAAUGUCGCAUUGAUCCAUUACUGAGCCAACAGGAUAAGAGACGUGGAAAUCAAACAGCUCUUUGUGGAGGUGGGAUUCAGACCCGGGAGGUGUAUUGUGUGCAAGCUAAUGAAAACCUCCUCUCCUAUUUAAACACUCUUAAAGAAAAAGAAGAAAGUCAGUCACAGAGUACAUCGAAGGCUAGUGCUGCACCACUGCUAUCAAUCACUUUUGAAAUAACAGCAUCCAAACCUGUGGACUGGAAGCUGUGCACGGGCCCUACACCGAGCACCACCCAGUUGUGCCAUAUCCCAUGUCCUAUUGAGUGUGAGGUAUCCGUCUGGUCAGCUUGGGGGCCAUGCACGUUUGAAAGCUGUGAUGACCAACAAGCCAAAAAAGGUUUUAAACUGAGAAAACGCCGCAUCACAAAUGAACCCACGGGAGGCCUGGGCAGCUGCCCCCACCUGCUUGAAGCCAUCCCAUGUGAAGAACCUUCUUGCUACGACUGGAGGAUAGUGAGGCUGGAAGAAUGCAUUCCAGACAAUGAGAAGGAGUGUGGACCUGGUACUCAGAUUCCACAGGUUGUCUGUAUCAACAGUGACGGAGAAGAAGUUGAUAGGCAGCUGUGCAGAGAUGCUAUCUAUCCAGUCCCCAUCGUUUGCGAUGUUCCAUGCCCAAAGGAUUGCGUCCUCAGCACGUGGUCUGGAUGGUCCUCCUGUUCACACACCUGCUCCGGCAAAACCACAGAAGGAAAACAGAUGCGUGCCCGUUCUAUCUUGGCAUAUGCAGGUGAAGGAGGACGUCAGUGCCCAAAUAUCAGCAUGCUUCAGGAAACACGCAGCUGCAAUGAACAUCCCUGCACAGUGUAUCACUGGCAGACAGGACCUUGGGGGCAAUGUAUAGAAGAUGUUUCUGUGUCAGCAUUCAAUUCUUCUACCAGCUGGAAUGGGGAAGCCACCUGUGCAGUUGGGAUGCAAACUAGGAAAGUCAUCUGCGUGAGGGUCAACGUGGGACAAGUAGGACCCAAAAAGUGUCCUGAAAGCCUUCGUCCUGAAACUGUUAGACCUUGCUUGCUUCCCUGUAGAAAAGAUUGCAUUGUAACUCCUUACAGUGACUGGACGCCAUGCCCUUUGUCAUGUCAAGAAGGGGCAGCGACAGUAACAAAACAGUCUCGGCAUCGUGUCAGCUUGCAGCUCCCUGCAAAUGGUGGCCGUGAUUGCCCAGAUACUUUGUAUGAAGAAAGGGAUUGUGAACCUCCCCCUGUCUGCAAUUUUUACAGGUGGAAGACACACAAAUGGCGCAGGUGUCAACUGGUACCCUGGUAUGUUCGUCAAGAUAGUCCAGGUGCUCAGGAGACUUGUGGUCCUGGUCUACAAGCUAGAGCAAUAACGUGUCGCAAACAAGAUGGCGGACAGGCUGACGUCAGUGAGUGCCUUAAGUAUGCAGGCUCGUUACCACCUUUAACCCAACUCUGCCAAAUCCCUUGCCAAGAUGACUGUCAGUUCACGAGCUGGUCAAAGUUCUCGUCUUGCAACGGAGACUGUGGAGCAGUUCGGACAAGAAAACGGUCCCCAGUUGGAAAAAGUAAGAAGAGGGAAAAGUGCAAAAAUCCCCAGCUGUAUCCGCUGAUUGAGACCCAGUUCUGUCCGUGUGACAAGUAUAAUGCCCAGCCUGUGGGGAACUGGUCAGACUGUAUUUUACCAGAGGGCAAAGUGGACGUAUUACUGGGAAUGAAAGUGCAAGGAGACAUCAAGGAGUGUGGACAAGGCUACCGUUACCAAGCCAUGGCUUGCUAUGAUCAAAAUGGCAGACUCGUUGAAACAUCUCGAUGCAACAGUCACGGAUACAUUGAGGAAGCCUGCAUCAUACCAUGCCCUUCCGACUGCAAACUCAGCGAGUGGUCCAACUGGUCACGUUGCACGAAGUCCUGUGGCAGUGGGGUCAAAGUUAGGUCCAAGUGGCUCCGAGAGAAGCCUUAUAAUGGUGGAAGACCAUGCCCCAAGUUGGAUCACGUCAGUCAGGUGUAUGAGGCUGUUCCGUGCCACAGUGACUGCAGCCAGUAUAUAGGGGUCACUGAUCCAUGGAGCGUGUGCAAAGUGACUAACGUGGACUUAAAGGAGAAUUGUGGAGAGGGUGUGCAAACCAGAAAAGUGAGGUGCAUGCAAAAUACUGUGGAUGGCCCUUCAGACACGGUUGAAGACUACCUAUGUGACCAGGAAGAGAUGCCUCUUGGUGCUAGGAAGUGUACAUUGCCAUGCCCAGAGGACUGUGUCAUGUCUGAAUGGGGCCCGUGGUCUCGGUGUCCCUUGCCAUGUAAUGGAAGCAGAGUGAGGGAACGGUCAUCAGACGUCAUGAGGCAACCUCAGGAAGGGAAAGCCUGUCCUCCCUCUGUGGAGAUGGAACCAUGCAGCCUCAACAAAAACUGUUUCCACUAUCAUUACAAUGUGACAGAGUGGAGUACGUGUCAGCUAAGUGAGAAAGCCGUCUGUGGUAACGGGGUCAAAACAAGAAUGCUAGAUUGUAUUCGCAGUGAUGGCAAAUCGGUAGACCUGAAAUUCUGUGAAGAGCUUGGCUUGGAAAAGACGUGGCAUAUGAACACAUCCUGUGUGGUGGAGUGUCCUGUGAACUGUCAGCUGUCUGAUUGGUCUCCAUGGUCCGAGUGCUCCCAGGCUUGUGGCCUUUCUGGAAAGAUGAUACGAAGGAGAAUGGUUAUCCAACCCUUCCAAGGCGAUGGGAGACCGUGCCCGUCACAAAUGGAGCAGUUCAAACCCUGCCCAGUCAAGCCUUGCUAUCGAUGGCAAUACAGCCAGUGGACUGACUGCAAGGUCGAGGAUGCCCAGUGUGGAGAGGGCACAAGGGUCAGAAACAUUUCCUGUGGGGUCUAUGAUGGAUCCAGUGAUGACAUAGGCAAAAUAGUGGAUGAGGAAUUUUGUGGGGAAAUUGAGCCUGUUGUUGACGGCAGUAAGAAAAUGGUGCUUGAGGAAACAUGCACCCUACCUUGUCCAGGUGAUUGCUAUUUAAAGGAGUGGUCAGAAUGGAGUCUUUGUCAGUUGACUUGUGUAAAUGGAGAAGAUCUUGGAUUUGAAGGAGUACAAGUGCGAUCCCGAGCAGUGAUGAUCCAAGACCUGGAAAAUCAACAUCUCUGUCCCGAACAGGCUUUGGAAACUAGGCAAUGUAAUGGUGGCCAGUGUUAUGAAUACAAGUGGAUGGCCAGUCCAUGGAAGGGAUCUUCUCGGACUGUAUGGUGCCAAAGGUCAGAUGGCUUAAAUGUUACAGGAGGCUGUUUAGUGAUGCACCAACCAGAUGUUGACAGGUCCUGUAAGCCACCGUGCAGCCAGCCCCAUUCUUACUGUAGCGAGAUGAGAAUGUGUGCUUGUGAAGAAGGAUACACUGAAGUCAUGUCUUCUGAUGGCACACUUGAACAAUGCACCCUUAUCCCAGUGGUAGUCAUUCCCACAGUGGAGGACAAAAGGGGAGAUGUAAAAACCAGCCGAGCAGUGAACCCCACACAACCACCCAGUAUCCAAUCAGGAAGAGGAAGGACUUGGUUUCUACAGCCUUUUGGACCAGAUGGGAAGCUGAAGACCUGGGUAUAUGGUGUGGCUGCUGGUGCAUUUGUUUUGCUCAUCUUUAUUGUAUCUAUGAUCUAUCUUGCCUGCAAAAAGCCAAAGAAGCCUCAGAGAAGACAGAACAACCGUCUGAAACCUUUAACAUUGGCUUAUGAUGGAGAUGCAGACAUGUAAACGAUGACUUCCCGUCAACCUUAUUCUCUUGAAACUGUAGUGUUUAAAGGCA